GAAAGUUCUGGAAAAUCAAUGAAAGGUAAAGAAGAAAAACGAGAAGCUGAAAAGUCGCCAGCCAAAGUCAACAGCCAAGCUAAGAAACAGCAGAAAAACGACACUGAUAAUUCCAAAAAUGCACUGAAGGAAAAUAAGAAUAUCAAAGAGAAUAAGAAUGCACUGAAACCGAGCAAGAAGCAAGAACAGGCAGCAGGUGGUAAGGAUAAUAAGCGAAACAAGGGAAAGGAAAAUGUGGAUAUCCAAGUGCAGAAUAAGAAGAAUUUGGAGAAAAGCAAGAGUAAGAAAAUUGACGAGAAACCCCAAGACUUUGAUGAAGGCGAGUGGGAACAAGCAAGCUAUAGGAAAGAUAAGAAGAAGAAAGCACUUGAAGAAGCUAACAAGCCAGCCGAUAAGAAAGAUAGUCCUGCUAAAAAGAAGAAAGCGACCAAGGCCCUAGCCGAGCCAGCAAGUGAGAACAUUGCUCCACCCCAACAGGAGGCCAAGCCUGAGUCGGCUGACAAUAAAGCAGCCAAGAAAGAUGUCGCCAAGAAAGACAAACCCAAGGUAGCAGAGCCUGUGGAACAAGUCGUGUCACCUCCUUCUGAUGCUGGAGACUCUGAAAGCGACACCAAAUCUGCCGCCAAAAAGAAGAAGAAGAAGCCGGCCAAGGAUGGAGCUGAACCUGUGGCAGCCGUCGAAAAAACUGUAGCCGUCGAAGCCACUGCCGCCCCGACUCCUCAGCCAACUCCUGCCAAAAAGGAGCCCGAGCCUGUGACAACCCUUGAACAGAAUAUUGCAUUUGAUGAGCUAGCAGACGCGUGCCCUGAGAAAUGGAAGGAGCCGAAAACCUCGAAGAAGAGCAACAGCAAGAAGAAAGUGCGCAAAGAAUGAGAUUCGAAUGAAGAGAGGCGUCGACGAAUUUCGAGAGGUGAAGAAAAUAUGGUGCCAGA